AUGGAUGAUUUUCAAGCAAGAGGAUCAGGAUGGGUCCUAAGUAAAAUUGAUAAUUUAGAGCUCAGAAUUAAUAAAUAUAAUCCACUUAGAGGCUCAUCCUAUAUUGAAUUACCAGAUAAAAUUAAGAACAAAAAAGCAAUAAUAAAUGUAAAGAAUGAAGAUAAUAAAUGUUUCAUGUGGUCAAUUUUAUCUGCUAUACAUCCAGUAGAUAAAGAUCCACAAAGAGUUUUAAAAUAUAGAGAAUUUAAAAAUGAACUAAAUUUUAAAGGAAUAGAAUUUCCAGUUGCAUUAACGGAUAUAACUAAAUUUGAAAAAUUGAAUAAUAUAUCCGUAAAUGUUUAUGGAUAUGAGCAAUCAAUUGUAACAUUAAGAAUUACAGAUAAUAAAAGAGAAAAACAUGCAAAUUUAUUUUAUAUUCAAGAUAAAGAUAACGGUCAUUACUGUUGGAUUAAAAAUUUAUCUAGACUGAUUAGAAAUCAAAUAUCAAAUAAUAAAAAAAGAAUUUAUCCAUGUGAAAGAUGUUUAACUUAUUAUUAUUCAGCAGAAAAAUUAAAAACUCAUGAAAUUGAUUGCAAAGGUAAAAAAGCUGUAAAGAUUGAAAUGCCUAGAAAAUAUGAAAGUAUUUAUUUUAAAAAUGAUCAUAAUUCUUUAAGAGUACCAUUUGUUAUAUAUGCAGAUUUUGAAUGUUUGACUAGAAAAAUAGAUACCUGUCAACCAGACGAAUCAAAAUCUUACACUCUCAAAUACCAAAAACAUGAACCCAUGAGUUUUAGUUAUUACAUCAAAUAUGAACAUGGAGAAUAUAAAGCACCUGUUGUAUAUAGAGGACCAGAUGCAGUAGCUAAAUUUUAUGAAUGUCAUAUUUGUAAUAAGCCCAUUAUCACUUGGGAUAAUUAUAAAAAAUAUGGUGAAAAUCCAGUAAAUAUGGAAGGUAAAAAGGUCAGAGAUCAUGAUCAUUUGACCGGUUUAUAUAGAGGUCCAGCUCAUGAAACUUGUAAUUUAUGUUAUCAAAAUCCAAAGUUUGUUCCAGUAUUUAUUCAUAAUUUAGCUGGAUACGAUGCCCAUCUUUUUAUUAAGGGAUUGGGAUAUGAUGAAGAAGAUAUUGAUGUUAUUCCAAAUACAGAAGAAAAAUACAUUUCUAGUAUUGAAUCAUUGUCUAAAAAUUUAAAGAAAGAGCAAUAUAGAGAGACUGCUAAAUAUAUUCCAAAACAUUUAUUAAAUUUAGUAAUUAGAAAAGGUGUUUAUCCUUAUGAUUAUAUGGAUACAUGGGAAAAAUGUAAUGAAACACAAUUGCCUUCCAAAGAAGAAUUUUAUAGCAAAUUGAAUGAAAGUAAUAUAUCUGAUGAAGAUUAUAAACACGCCCAAAAUGUUUGGAAGGCUUUCAAGAUUAGAGAUAUGGGUGAUUAUUCAGAUUUAUAUGUUAAAACAGAUGUAUUAAUUUUAACGGAUAUAAUUGAAAAUUUUAGAGACGUAUGCCUCAAAACAUAUAAAUUAGAUCCCUGUUGGUACUAUACAGCACCAGGGCUAGCUUGGGACGCUAUGCUCAAGAUAACUGAGGUAAAUUUAGAUUUAUUAACUGAUUAUGACAUGAUUUUAAUGCUUGAAAAAGGAACCAGAGGUGGUAUAUCUCAAUGUUGUAACCGUUACGCCAAAGCAAAUAAUAAGUAUAUGAAGGAUUAUAAUAAAGAUAAAGAAUCAAAUUAUUUAAUGUAUCUAGAUGCCAAUAAUUUAUACGGAUGGGCAAUGAGUCAGUACUUGCCCUAUGGUGAUUUCAAAUGGUCACAAAUCAAUAUAGACGUGACUCAAAUUCCAGAUGAUUCAGAUACUGGAUAUAUAUUGGAAGUGGAUUUGAAAUAUUCAAAGAAAUUACAUAAAAAGCAUUCAGAUUUACCGUUAGCACCAGAAAAUAGAAUUCCAGAUGGAUCCAGUCAAUCAAAGCUUUUGACCACGUUACAUGAUAAAAAGAAUUAUGUGAUUCAUUAUCGAAAUCUGAAACAAUGUUUGGAAAUGGGAUUGAAACUAAAAAAGAUACAUAGAGUUUUAGAGUUUAAACAGUCCCCUUGGUUAAAGAAAUAUAUAGAUUUGAAUACGGAUAUGAGAACUAUUGCUACCAAUGAUUUUGAGAAAGAUUUCUAUAAGCUUAUGAACAAUUCUGUAUUUGGCAAGACAAUGGAAAAUAUAAGGAAAAGAGUUGAUAUAAAAUUAUGUUGCAAUGCUAAAAAAGCUGAAAAAUUAAUAUCAAAACCAAACUUUAAAGAUAGGACUAUAUUUGCUGAAAACUUGACUGCAAUUCAUAUGAAUAAAACCAAAGUAUAUUUUAACAAACCAAUUUAUGUUGGCAUGAGUAUUUUAGAUUUAUCUAAACAAUUGAUGUUUGAUUUUCAUUAUAAAGUUAUGAAACCAAAAUAUGAUAAGAAUUUAAAACUAUUGUAUCAAGAUACUGAUUCAUAUAUUUAUGAAAUCAAGACUGAUGAUUUUUACAGCGACAUGAAAGAUAUGAUUGAUCAUUUUGAUACAUCAGAUUACAAAGAAAAUAAUGAAUAUGGCAUACCUAGAGUAAAUAAAAAGGUACUCGGUAAAAUGAAAGACGAAAAUAAUGGUAAGAUAAUGACAGAAUUUGUGGGAUUAAGAGCUAAAAUGUAUGCUUUAAAAGUAGAAGAUAAAGUGAUUAAAAAAUCAAAAGGUGUAAAGAAAAUUGUGGUAAAGAACAGAAUUUCAUUUGAAGAUUAUAAAGACUGCUUGUUUAACAAGGUAAAGAAAUAUAGAGCAAUGAAUCUGAUUCGAAGCCACAAACAUGAAAUAUAUUCAGUUCAAGUAAACAAAAUAGCUCUGUCACCUGAUGAUGAUAAGAGGCAUAUACUAGAAGAUGGAAUAAAUACUCUAGCUCUAGGACACUACAAAAUAACAUGA